AUACAAUGAAUGAUGAACUCGAUCGCUGGUGUCAACAACUGAUUGAACAAGAAAAGUCAACUAUACAACAAAGGAGAAAAUUUGAGGAAGAAAAGAAAAGCCAAAUGGAAUCACUAAUUUUAGCAACAGAGAAGCAGAUGAAGGCCAGAAGUGAUGUUCUCAGUUUGCUUGAAAAGCAUCAGAUGGAGAAAAAAGCUGUCAGUGAUGCACUGUUGAAGCUUGAAAAAGAGAUGGGAAAUGAACAAAAGUUGAAUUUGCAAAUUGCUGAACUAGAGGAACAACUCAAGGUUUUGAAGUGUGUGAACUCGGAGGAAGCUGAUCAUGAGAAUAAAAGAAAGAUAGAAAUAGAAGAGAUAGAAGAAAAAUUGGAGGACAUGAUUUUUGAUAUGUCCGUAAAAGAUGAUGAAAAUCAAGCUUUGAAGAAGAAGGUACAAGAAGCUAAAACCGAGCUAGAAGAUGCUAGGCAACAAAUUAUUAAGGUAAAUGUUCUGUUCUGA